UCCCUGCACUUUAGUCCCCCAAUCCUUCCCUGCAACAAACUAUGGUCAACGACGUGCGCGUCCCCGCUACUAAACGAAAACAUGGCGGUCGCCGCCGGAUCAGGCGUUAAGGUUCCUCGUAACUUCCGGCUUCUUGAAGAGCUGGAAGAAGGCCAGAAAGGUGUGGGAGAUGGAACUGUGAGUUGGGGCCUAGAAGAUGAUGAGGACAUGACUUUAACACGAUGGAGAGGGAUGAUCAUUGGCCCUCCUAGGACAAUCUAUGAAAAUAGGAUGUACAGUCUGAAGGUUGAAUGUGGACCCAGAUACCCUGAGACGCCACCAUUUGUCAGAUUUGUGACAAAGAUAAACUUGAAUGGUGUGCACAACUCCAAUGGCGUGGUUGACACACGAGCUGUGUCUGCCCUGGCCAAGUGGCAGAACUCCUACAGUAUCCGGGUGGUCCUGCAGGAGCUUAGACGGCUUAUGAUGUGCAAGGAGAACAUGAAGCUCCCUCAGCCUCCUGAGGGGCAGAUCUACACCAACUGAGCCCUCGCUACUACUCCUAUUUUUCCUUUCCCCCCUCUACUGUUUGCGAUCAUCCCAUCCACCACCUUGUUACAUUCAUUUGCUGCCAACACUUAAACGUGCCCACACUCAAAUCUAGGGACAAACAAACAUAUACACACUCUCACCAAACACACAAGAAUGCACACAUAUAUAAUUUUUAAAACAAGAAUGCAAUCAAAUACAUGAAAGCACUUCUAUAUACAACAUUCUCAUGCCCUGGCUCCUACCCUAUCCCAUCACUGGAGUUCUGAUUGGACUAAAUGACUAGGCAGGCGAAGUCAUAGGUCCACACCAGAACUGGUCAUUUGAAUACUGUACAUCUUACUAAUCUUUUUUUAUUAUUAUUUGUUAUAAAUGCAGAUUGUACAAUAACAUAAAUAAUCUUAUUGAGUGUA